AUGGUGAUUGCCAUGAGUAAAGCCAAUACCGAUUUAGAGCGUAUUGGUGAUGAAGCUGCAAAAAUUGCGCGUAUUGCACAGACUUUAUGUGAAGAGGGCGAAUCGCCGCGUGGCUAUAUGGAAACACGGCAUAUUGGCAAUCAAGUACGUGUCAUGAUUCAUGAUGCUUUAGAUGCUUUUGCGCGUGUAGAUGCAGAACAGGCAUUAAAAGUUUUGUUGGCCGAUGCAGAUAUUGACCGUGAAUAUCAAUCCGCGACGCGUACACUGAUGACCUACAUGAUCGAAGAUCCACGUCAUAUUAGUCGUGUUAUCAAUGUGAUGUGGGUAUUGCGUUCACUCGAGCGGAUUGGUGAUCAUGCACGUAAUAUCUCAGAACAAGUGAUUUAUAUGGCAAAAGGUUUUGAUGCGCGACAUACCAGUGUUGAAGAGAUUGAACAAAAGGUCCAAGGUAAAUAA